AUGCCUAAGUGUGUUUUUGAAAAUUGUGAUAGUGGUACUAGGAAGAAAGGAAAAAAUCAGAUGAACCAUGAAGUCCACCUGCAUAGGUUCCCAAAAGAUAUAAAUUUAUGUCUUAUGUGGUUGCAACAAAUUGAAUAUGGCCAAUCAAUUAAUGCAAAAUCCAUAAAUAUUAAAAGUGCUGUUGUUUGCUCAUUGCAUUUUGCUCCUUACCAUAUCAAUAAGCCAUUGAUACAGAAACUAUUAAAUUAUUCACCUAAACGUAUGCGAAAUCUUAACGAUGAUGCAAUUCCUCUGAGUAUUUUUGGCACCGACUAUUAUGAUAUUCCUUUUAUAAGACCAGUGAACCCUUCUACACCACUAAACAUAGUUGAACCACAGAAAAUAAAUACGCCUGCUGGAGUAUUUAAUGUAGAAUCUAAUAUUCAACAUCAAAAUAUUUCAAAAAAGUUGGAUUUUGUCAACAUUGAACUAGGGGUUCAACCGUUAGUUGAUGAAAGUGAUGAUAACGACAAUCCUUCAAAUAAUGGUCUGAUUCAGAAACUAAUGGAAACUGUAGAUUUCUAUAAAAAUAAAAAUAAUGAACUUAAAGAGGACAAAAAUAAUUUACAAAAUAAUAUUUUAACUUUACGUAAAGAGAAUGAAGCUCUAAAAAAUAUUGUUAGUGGAUUAGAAAAUAAUUUUGAAUUACGUUUCCAUUCUUUAUUGUCAAAACUUUUUACGCCAACUCAAAUUGAUAUGCUGUUACAUCCUAAACUGAAAGCAUAUAAAUGGACUUCUGAUGAUAUUUCAUCAGCUAUAACAUUAAGAUCAGUAUCUCUAAAAGCAUACAGAUAUUUGAGGAACAAGAAAUGUUUUCCUCUACCAGGUAUGUCUACUUUGAGGACAUGGGCUUCUACAUUCACAAUUCAACCUGGUGUUUUAACUAAUGUAUUAAAACUGAUGAAAGUCAAAGGUGAUUUUUUAACUGAGGAGGAAAAAUUAACAGUAAUUUCUUUUGACGAGACAUAUAUUUCACACAGAAUUUGUUAUGACAAAAAAUUUGAAAAAGUAUAUGGUCCACACAGAUGCGUUCAAACCGUUGUAGCUAGAGGGUUAUUGAGCAAUUGGAAACAACCAAUAUUUUAUAACUACGAUACUUCUAUGACAAAAGAAUUACUUAAUAACAUAAUACAAGCACUACAUGAAAAUGGUUUUAAUGUGAUCGCUAUUGUGAGUGAUAUGGGUUCUUCAAAUGUUGGAUUGUGGAGAGAUAUGGGUAUUUCUAUAACAAAUACGUCAUUUAAACACCCGAUGACUAAUAGAAAUGUACAUGUGUUUGCUGAUGUGCCGCAUAUGUUAAAACUUGCAAGAAACCAUUUUCUCGAUCAAGGAUUCAUAUUACCUAAUGGUAAAUACAUCGGGAAGAAUAUAUUGCAACAAUUAAUGAAGUUGAACGAAGGAAAUGAUUUCAAGCUAGCACAUAAGAUUUCUGACCGUCACAUUUCUGUAGAGGGUACAGCUCGAAUGAAUGUACGGUUAGCUGCAAAUGUAUUUUCAAAUACAGUCGCCAAAGCCAUAUUAUUCUGCGGAAACAACAAAUAUAUUAAUGAUUACAACUGGAAAGAAGUAAAGUUAUACACUAUUAAAUUAGCAAUUAAAAAUAUGUACAGGCGAUCGUUUGACUAG